AUGGAAUGUGCAGGAGAGGAGGGUUCCUCAAAUGCCCAACUCGAUUUGGACUUAACUCUGCGUCCGCCGGGACCAACAGCAGAGGAAAUAGAAAGGGAGCUUUCCUCUUUUCUUUCUUCCUUUGGAAAUAGGGGAGUGACCUCAAGUGUACUCCAAAAUACUAAGAUUAAGCUACAAUUGGAUGUCGCGUCCCCCGCGAAGCUUUUGAAGAUCCGGGAACUUCUGCGGGAUCUCCAAAGCAGACCGGUUCCUGCUUUCCAAGCGAGAGAUGCUUUAUUGAAAGCUCUCGCCCGACGGGAGAGGGACCAGACGCGUGAUCCAUGA